GGGUGCUAUCAGGAAGUGUGGGUAACACUGAGGCCCAGCUGUAAGCGUCAGGCCAGCUUUCAGAUAUUAAGGGCUGCUUUUCUCUUUCUCAGGAGAAUGGUAUAUUCUAAGUCAUCCUCAUCCCUAAGGAGAAAUAUUGAAUAGACUAAAGGCUCUGCACUGGUAAUGUAAUCUCAUACAUAUAUAAGAGUGUAAAGCGUAAUGAUAACUUAGUGCAAGUGUUCUUAAUUCGGUGGUUGUGUGAACUUGGAUGGGGAAAAAAUUACAACUUUACUUUCACUAACCUCUAACUGAACUUUAGCAUUUCUUUCAGUUAUGGAGUAGACAACAAAGCACAGUAGUAUUAGCAGUACCUGUCACUUUUGUCAUCAGUAGAAAACACAGAUAUUUUUAUAUCAUAUUACAGUCAUGGCAGAUAUCUUGAAAUAUUUAUGCUCAUUACUGCUUUGAAAGUACAGUAGUUAUUAGAUCUCCCAUUUUAUUUAAUGCAUAAACAGAGAAGGCACAUUGCUUUAUCAUAAUUUUGUUUUUUUAAAUAUUUUGACAAUGAUGUCAAUAUAAUUGGAGUCCUUUGUAAUCCUAUGUAUUUUAUUUAUGCAUUUAAAAACAUAAUUCUUAGAAAGUGUCUAUCCAUAGGGAUUCAUAGCACUAAAAGGUAAAGAGCCCCUGGUUUCAUAGAACAGAUUAAGCAGCGACUAAGAAUUUAGAACCUGCAUCCAAAUUGGAUUAAUGCUUCAAAGGCUAGAAAGUUGGAUAUGGAAUCAGAUAAUUUAGUACACACCCUCUGAAUUUACCAAGGAGAGAACUGAGCCACUGAGAGGUUGAGUAACUUGCUCCAAGUCUCACAGCUAUUUGGUGAUAAAAGCCAUAUGAAACAUUUUCAGACAAGCAUGUAAAAAUCUUCCACUCUGUUAGGCACUGGGUAUUCCAUAGUUAGUAAUAUGCCUCCUGCCUUCAAUGAGCUUGUCGGGGUAACAGCCAAGAAAACAAAUUUUAAUGCACUAUGAGAAGUAAAAGAAGUAUGUACAGAAUAUAAUUGGACGUUGGAGACAGGAGCAAGUAGUUCUGUAAAAAAAGAGAAAGUGGAAAAUUCAAAGAAGAGGCAUCAAUUAGCUGGGUCUUAAAGGAUGAGUUAGUAUUUGCUUGUGGUAGGGAGGUCAUUCUAAGUAGAGGAAAUUGCAAGAUCAGGGGUACAAAGAUGUAAAACGUUGACUGAUUUUGGCAAGAAGUUCUUGGUUCUUUCAGAGUAUAUAGAGGGCGGCUGAUGAAAGUUGGUAUUUUAAAAUUGAAAGAGAGAAUGGAGCAAAGUUGUGAAAAGACUUAAACUCCAUUCUAAGGAGUUUGGGCUUUAGCUUGGAGGAAAUGAGGUGUCACUGAAAGAUUUUAAGUUGGUAAGUGAUAAGGUUUAAUUACUGCUCUAAAAAAUUGAUUCCAGCUGCAGUGUUGAGGAUGAAUAGGAGGAGGAAGAGACUGGAGACAGGGAGACCAGUUAGAAGGCUACUGAUAGAUCCACUUGUUUUUUCCGUAUACCAUAUAAUAUUUUUAGUACAUGAAGAAUGUAAACUGUAAGCAACAUUAAGAGAUCCACGAUGCUUUCCUUUUUUAAAGCAUUCUAGAAUUAGCACAAUAAUCAUAUGGCACUUGAGUCUAGUCCAAACAAUGUAGUAAUAUAGAUCAUGACCUUAAAGGAUUAAUUUAUGUACUUUCAGAUUCCUUCAUUGUAAGGAAAAUGAGUUCUUCCUCAGAUCCACCAGGUACUGGUGUUCCAAAAUCAGAUAACCAACGCUCAGAAAAAGGCCCGAAAACAAAUGUGAGAAAUCUAAGGAAAAUAAGUUCUUCCUCAGAUCAACCAGGUACUGGUGUUCCAAAAUCAGAUAACCAAUGCUCAGAAAAAGGCCCAAAAACAAAUGUGAGAAAUCUAAGGAAAAUGAGUUCUUCCUCAGAUCCACCAGGUACUGGUGUUCCAAAAUCAGAUAACCAACGCUCAGAAAAAUGCCCGAAAACAAAUGUGAGAAAUUUAAGGAAAAUGAGUUCUUCCUCAGAUCCACCAGGUACUGGUGUUCCAAAAUCAGAUAACCAACGCUCAGAAAAAGACCAGAAAACAAAUGUGCAAAAUGUAAAGAAGACAAAUGUUGAUAAAGAUAUUGCAGCUCAAAUAAUACAGUAUGCAUGGUUUUCUCACACGGCCAAAACAAUGUUUCAGCUCCUAAAACACACAAUUUGUGCAGCGGAACAUCAUGUGUCGUAUGACAUACUAAAGAAAGUGAGCCCCUUAGAGGCUAAGCUGAUUAAAGAUCCUAGCAUGAAGUAUAAGGUCAGAUUCAGAUUUAGUGGUGAGGAUUUUCCACCUUUCAUCGUGUUUAAAAUUUUUCUCCAUGCUGAAGGUGGUCGUGGUUACAAGUAUAUUAAUGGAAAAAGUAUAAUGAAGCCAUCAAGUGAGGCAGUGGUUGAUGCUUGCAAAAUAAUGGGGAAAAGGAAAUUUAUUGGCCAAGUGUUGGAAGAUGAACAUCUUUUUCAGAAGUUCAAAGUAACUGAUGUAAUAGAUAUUGUCACAAUGAAAGAUUACAUGCAAUAUACCAGUCUAAUGGAUGAGAUUCCUGCAUAUUCUGGUGGCAGAAAUAACCAUUGGAGAAGAUUAACCCUCGAAAACUUUCCUAAGGCAAUGAUGAUAUAUGAUAUAGUUGAUUAUGCAGAGUCUGGGGUAAUCUCAAGCCGUCUACAAAAAGAAAUGAAGUAUCUAUCACAAAGACCAAAAACAGAGGAGAUGCGUCAGCACCAGCUACAGAUUGUUUCUGAAGUUAGGUCCCCUUCACCCUCCUUAACUAUCACACCUUUGUAUCGGCCCUACAAAAAACAAAGUCCAGUGAAACAUCUGGGUCGUCGAUCCAAAAAAGCUCAAAUUAAAGUUGAAAAAAUGAGAAAAGCUUAUAAGGUGGAGAAAGAAAAAAAGGCUUCUCUGGUGACAGUGACCGAACCAAAAACAGGCACACCACAUACAAAGAAGCAGGAGAUCAUCGUCUCCACACCAUCUUUCGACAUUGUGAGAGUUCAAGAAUCCAUGUCAGAUGAGGAAUGGAGAAAAGAAGAAAAGGAAUUAUUUGCCUGGUCUGAAAAAUUAUGUUUUGAUAAUUCUCCAUCAUCUUAAGGCAUGGCUAAUUGACAGAAUAACAAAGUUGUUUAACAAUCUACUUGUCUGUCUACAAAUGAUCAGGAAAUCAAAUAUAAACAAACCCUAGUAUGUUCUCAUAACCGAAUGUGUAACAGAUUUUUAAGACUUUUUGUAUUACCAUAGUUGCAUGUAUCUUUUACAGACAGAAUUUUAAUCUGAAUAAAUUAUUUCAAUUAGAUGCCCUCGAACUAGCAGUGUACAAUUUUGUUCAAGAAAUGAUGAAUAAAUCAGUCCCUGGAACUUUUAUUAAAUUUUUAUUUUCUUUCAUUUAAAAUAACUAAACAAGCCAUGCUCAGCAUAAAUAUUAGAAUUCACAGAAUCAAAGGCUGCUGUUCAGUCAGCCUCCAGUGUCUGUUUUUUAGUUGCAUGUUGUUUUUACAGAUCAGCUUGUGAAUGACCUUUACUGAAUUAUAAUAAAAAUAAUAAUGAAUUUGUUGCUGUGGUGGGAAUGACAUAGCAUACCAAAUCAUUACUGAACAUUGUAAGCAC